GAACAAGCGUUAAAAAAGAGAGAGAGGAGGGAUGGUGGUGGUGUUGGUGGUGGAGGACUCCCGCUUCUCUCGCGCUGGCGGCCCGGGAAUCACGCGCCAUUGAAGGGGGGUGAUGUUGUGCAUGCGCUUUGGCUUCCCUGUCGUGCACGCUCGGGUCGGUCGAUGCGAGCACACUGGCGUGGCUCUCGGCCUCCAUUUGCCAGUGUGUGUUUAUGUUCGAGGGAUUCACCGAGGCCGCUUCUUUUAACGGCGACGACGACGCGCAACAGUUGGAGUUUCCGCCGUGAACGCGGUCACCGUGGGGCCACGAGGGAUUUAACCGACGUCGAGAAGGCGUGUCUGUGUCUGCACAGCCACAAAAAAGGAGGGGAGUCUGCUGUGGGGGACUGCUACGAUUGGGGAAACUAUGAUGAUUGGUCAACAUCGCAAGGUUGCACAGAAUUCAUGGGGGCUGCUUUAAUUUGCAGGGAUUGUUGGCAGUUACAACAUCCAGGAGGGGCUGACUUAUGUUUAGGUAUCAAAUGAAGCGUGACAGCCACAGCAACUGGUGAUGCCUACGACAGACUCCAAUCUCACAUCAAUGGAGGACCCCCAUGCACUGGAGGCUGAGGAGGGGAGCUCGACUAAUGUCCCCUCCUCAGUUCCUCCCACUACUGUCCCCUCUUCUCCUCCUGAACCAACCACUACGAGACCUAACAUCCCUAGCGAGACGGAGAUUGAGAACAAAGCCGUCUCCAUGGCAAGUAAUGACUGUAGCUCAGCUCUCUCCUCACCUGCUGAAGCCAGCCCAGCCAAGCCUGCUGCAGCGUCACCUGUGGCCUUUGAAGGGAGUGUUGAAACAAGCCCAGCUACCUCACACAUCACAUCAGCAUCAGACUCUCUAACAUGUACAGGGACAAGCCUUGUCAACAUACCAGAAUCACUACCGUUUUUAUCUGGGUUGCCAUCUAAAACGUUUGGCGGUCCAAACCCGGAAAACGCUUUUCCUGCUGUGUUGACCUUCAAAGGUGUGAGUGUCACUCUGGAGAAUAACAGUGUGUGGAAGCAGUUCAACAGCUGUGGAACUGAGAUGAUUCUCACUAAACAGGGCCGCCGCAUGUUCCCGUACUGCAGGUAUCGCCUGGCUGGCCUAGAUCCUGAGCGGCAGUACAGUCUGGUCCUUUCCAUUGUUCCGUCAGACCAGUACAGGUACCGCUGGAGCACGACUAAAUGGGAGGUCAGUGGACGAGCAGAGCACCAGGCCCAGGGACUGAUCCGGGCAUUCUCACACCAUUACUCCCCCUGCCAAGGCUCAGACUGGAUGGGUAGCUUGGUGUCCUUUUACAAGCUCAAACUGACCAAUAAUGUCCAAGACCAGGAUGGUCAUAUAACCCUGAACUCCAUGCAUCGCUACAUUCCUAGACUACAUGUGAUACCUGUCCCAGAUGGGGUCGCACCCACACCUGACCAGCCUGUGGUGGUGGGACCAGAGUGCAUGACCUUCACUUUUCCACAAACUGAAUUCAUGGCUGUGACGACUUACCAGAACUUUCGGAUCACGCAGCUGAAAAUUAAUCACAAUCCGUUUGCAAAAGGCUUCAGGGAGGACGGGAACAACCCCCGUCUGAAGCGGGUCACUACAGACGGGCAAGUUCUGGUGAAGACAGACGCUCAGCCGUCUAUUUUAAAACUCGCAGAGCUCAGUGAAAACAAGACAGAGGAAGCGUAUAAUCUGAGUGUGAAGAAUGACACCGUCCCUGCUUCUCCCUCAAACGAGCAAGAGACCAGACUGGUCCUGAAGCCCAUAAUGUCCUCCUCCUCCAACAACAGUGAUCCAUAUGUCCCCUGUAUAAGAGGCAAACAUGCCCUCGGUGAGCUUGUGCUUGUUCAAAAACGUCCACUCGUGGAGCCAAAGGAAGAAGCUGAUGCCGUCAGUAAAACCCCAAAGCUGGAGCAAGGCAUUGAAACAACGCCUGAAGCAACAUCCAUGACUCCCACUUCCUCCACGUCUACCCCGGCAUCAUCACCCGGGUACCACAAGAGGAGGAAGAGGAUUAACAGACGUUGGGGGCAUUCUCGGGGAAGAGAGUGGAAAGCUGCGGCUGCCUCCCCCACGGUAGCCCACAGCCCAUCAUCAACUGUCGCUAUGCAACCAGAGCUGGAUGAUGUAGAGGGCCUGCUGUUUGUGUCAUUUACCUCAAAGGAAGCUCUUGAGGUUCACGCUGGGGAGCAGCCAGUCAGUAGCACACCAUCAGCAUCUCCAGUUUCCUUAACGACACCGGUGCAGUUGAAGGAAAAAGUGGAGGUGAUUCCAGAGACAGAUGAGGAGAAGAUAGCCUGCCUGGAGGCCGUCCUGCUGCAGGACCUCAGGGCUCUCAAACACAGACAGGUCAUCCAUCCUGUGCUGCAGGAGGUGGGCUUGAAGUUGAGCUCCCUCGACCUGACACAGUCCAUCGACCUGCAGUAUCUUGGUGUUUGUCUGCCGUUACCUCCUCCAAACAUACCAGAACAAGGCAAUACCACAGCUCAGUCUCCUGGUGAUGAGGGAUUAUCCUUCAUCUCCCGCACAGGAAAGACGAGUGACAUGACAAAAAUAAAGGGAUGGAGAAACAAGUUCAUAAGAAGCAAAGAACCGUCUCUUCCUAACUGCGAUGGAGCACAAAAGAAUCUGUCUGCCUUCUGCAGCAACAUGUUGGAUGAGUACUUGGAAAGCGAAGCUCAGAACAUUAGUGAGCGCGCUGCUGCCUUCUCCACUCACUCAGAGGACUCAGUGGCCUAUCAGCUGCCGGCUAAGAGCUCCAGCUAUGUUAAGACCCUGGACAGCGCACUGAAGCAUCGAGAAGCUGCUUCCAGACUCCCCGUGGAGGCCAACAAACCCUGCCCCCUUUCCUAUAAACCUCUCCUCUACUCUGCUCUGAUGUCACCGACUCCUCCUCUGGCCCGCCCUGUUCAAGACAGAGCUCCGUCUACACAGCAGUCUGCAUCAUCAGAUGUGCAGCCAGGAGCACAGAGAUUAUAUACAAACGAUCCAGCGGCCAGCCAGAGACCAGCGGUGAGCUGUGGGCAGAACCAAGUGAUGACACACAGACCUAUGGGCUUCACUAAGUUCCAGUUCAAACUGUACCAGAUGGAGAUUGGAGCUCUGAACGAGGGCCUGAGCAAAACACAGCUGACUGAGGACAGGCUGAAAGUGGCUCUGUCUGUAAUGCUGACAAAACAGAUGCCGCCCAAUCAGGCGUUGAAAUUAGCCCAGUAUCCAAGGCAUAAAUCCACAGUACCCGAAUGUGGUCAGGAGUUCUGCACCCUGGGCUGCGUGUGUUCCAGUCUGCAGCAUCCGAACAGAGGUCCUCUCCACUGCCGGCGGCCUGAAUGCAUGUUUGGCUGUGCCUGCUUCAAACGCAAGAUCACCAAGCAGCUGAGCGCGGGGGAGAGUGAAGAAGAGAUCCAACCUGUUUACUCUGUGACUAAUAUGGAGCAUGUGGUCCAGCCUGGCCCGGGCUCCCACGCUAAUAAACUGUGGAACCACGACAUUGAUAAUGAAGAUCCAGAGCCACUCUUCGCCCCCGAACAUGCUCCACUGUGGUUGCCAAUGUCAAAGUCCCUAAAACGCGGCUGCAUACCUCGUCCAACACAGCCGAUUCGAGAAGAGGACAAGGAUCCAGUGUAUAAAUACCUGGAGAGCUUGAUGACUUGUGCACGAGUAAGAGAGUUCAACAGCAAGCCUCCAGAUGAAGUCACCAUUGAGCCCAAGGUCCUUGACGCUCCUGCGACGACAACGACGACGACGACGACGACAACCGCCACUGAUAGCCAGCCGAAAAUGUACUACAGAAGUCUACUGACUGGUAAAAAAGCAGCAGAAAGAGCUGCUCAGACGACGACAUCCAGUGAAAAGGAAGCAAAGAAGCAAAUCGAGAUACAGUCAGCGUGCCAGUGGAAGGUGGACCGCAAAAAAAUCCUGGAAACUUUAUGUCGACGACUGAAACACAACAGGCUGUGUCGGCGCUUCUACAUAGGACCUUACCGCAUCCGCCCCAUCGCCAAGAUCUUCAUGCAGAAGCCCAGCGGCUCCAUCGUCACCUUCAGGGUACAAAUCAGUAAACCAGCAAAGGCCAGUGAUGUUGAUGAAGAUGACUUUGACGACAGCGAUGAGGAACAGCAUGCUGGUAAAAACCGUGAUGGGGACAUCGAUGCAGAAGAGGACGAUUGCGAAAAUGAAGAGUCAGAUAUGCAGUUUGGAGUCACACCCUUUUUGAGUGGAGUGUUACCUGCCGGCAGACUGACAGCCAGGACCAAACCUGCUGGCUGCCAGGCGUACGGACUCAUACAGGUAAAUGGCAAAUCCUACAACCAGGCCCGGCUGAUGCUGGGUAGCAUGGGGUCUCUACAUCCAGCCAACCGCCUUGCAGCAUUUGUCACAGGCCGACUGCUUCCUCCCAGUGGCAUUUCUCUUAAAAACUCUCGGACAUCAGAUGCUACAAACCAAAUCCCCACUGUUAGUGCUCUGCGCGUAAAGGCUGCUGGCACAGUCGUCCCUCCAGUUAUUGCUGCACAGAAAGUCACUGAUCUGAAGACACCAGCACAACCACCAGCUCAGCUACUCCCGCCAGACAUCAAGCGAAAGAGCUCCAUCAACUUGGCGCAGCUGUUACAAAAGUCCAUCAACCGUUUUGUUCCAGACCAGCGCAGUUCGGUCAACCCCUUGCAGAACAGCUCCACGCCCUCACCUGUCUCUCUCACCGUCUCACCAUCACUGAAAAGCCCCAGCUUCUUAGAACAGAGUGGGACUUAUUCAUUCAGGAUCUGCCCUCCAGCUAACCAGGGCACCAGAGGCCAGAACCUGCCAGGGGUGAUCCUGCCUGGGGGCUUUACACUUAUUCAACUCCCCAAGCCUGGAGCUGAUGGAGUUGCAUCAGAAUCUGGGAAUGCUACAGAUAUGGCUGCUGUGGACAAAGCCACACCACAAAAAGAUGCUUUUUUAAAUUUUGGCCACUUAGCAGCUCAUCCUGAUGCAAAGCGCCCUGGUUCGGACAACCUUACUGGAGCUAAGAAGCUAUCAGUGGAGCCUGGACCCUCCUCUGAGCUGACAUGUGAUGAGAAGAUGCCUUCAGAUGAUAGUCAUUACACCACCAGCAAGAAGGUGGAGUCAAACCUAGACAACGCUUCAGAGGACUUGAACUUGAGCUCCGACUUCUCAGACUACUGUGGAGAGGGUGACGAAGACGACGAGGAAGUGGACAUUGAGACCGUGGAAGAAUGGAGACAAGGACAGGCCAUCGCUCAGAUGAGAGAAGCUGUCAGGAUGACACUAAAAGAUUCACGUGAUUCCAGUGAUGGGUUUGGAUCAGCGAGGGAACUCGACGGCCAGGAUCAAAUGGACGAUGAACUCGAUGAGCAUAAGGAUAAUAAGAGGCGGAAGAACCACACGGCACUGGAGAGGCAAAGACGCACUGAGCAGCGGGUCCUCUUUGACAAACUCCAGACUAUCCUUCAGAGUGACCCCAGGGCCCCUAGGCUCCGCCUCCUCUCACAGGCUGUGAGAGAAAUCCAAAAUCUGGUUGAGACCUCCAGACAUCUGGAGGAGAGGAAGAAGAGGCUGACUCAGAUGCAGUCUCUCUAUGUGAUGCAGCUCUCCCGUCUGUCUGGGAAGUCGGAAUUGGUGAUCAGACACAAACUGAACGAGAUCUGCGACAGGCAGAAGAUGAGAGAGAAGACCAUGAAAUGGCAGCCUUUCUUCUCAAACCUACUCCAGUCCAGAGCAGCUUUUCUGCAAGCCACUAUGCCCCAGUCCAAGCUCCAGUCCACGCAACUAUCACAGUCUGACUUCAACUUGGCUUCAUCCCAGGCUAACGCAGUCACACAAGCAGUCCAAAAGAAGAUUAUGUCCCUGCUUCAAACCAACCUACAGAGGACUCCAGCCCCAUCCAGUGUACGCACACCUAUACCUCCAACAUUUUCCUCUCCAGCCCAGGUUGAGGUCACUGCACCUCCACUACAAGGCGGUCAACCUCCGACAAAUGUAUCUCCUGUUGAGGGCCAACAGGCGAUACCUGCUGCUCCAGCCCAGAGCUCAAUCGCAGCUCCUGUCCGCCCUCCACAGCCCUUUGCUCUUCCUCUGAUUCGCUCCAAGACCGGCAGAAUUAUACUUCCAUCAUCUCUGAAACCAAUUGGUAACGGCCUCUAUACACUCACUGUUAUGGAACCCAAGCGGAAAGGAGGGGAGGGUAAGGUUAUUGCUUCACCUGUUACACAGCCCUCUGAGGUGGACAAGCUCAAGAACUCCUCUGACCAACCUUUGGAUUCAGAAAGCUGUCGUUCUUCUAAGGAGGAUGAAACGGUACAGUCCUCAAACUCUAAACCAAAGCGUUCAAGUGCUAGCCCCCUGGUUAAUCUCGCCCUUCUUAACAAAUCAAUCUUUGUGCCUUCGGUGUCUCCGCAAGCUGCGGAGAGCAGCAACGAGGGGGGCGCACCGGUGGGUGUGAACAAAACACCAGCAGCUCUCUGCUUGAGUUUCAAGGAGGUGAAACAGGUUCCUACUCCUGCUCAGCCUGAACCCAGCCCUCCUGUAGUCCGCCGUCCCAGAGGUAGGCCUCGAAAGCACCCCGUUAACCCUGUUGAUGAGAAUGAAACAAAUAAUAUGGGAGAAGACGCCAGUAAAAGUGUCAGUGAAAGUGAAACAUCUGUUCUGAUUGAAGAGAAGCAAGAAAUUACUUCAGAGUUACCCAAAACGUCAAAGGAGGGCUCCCCAGCAAUGGUUAGUGAUACUCCUGUGCCAGUCAAACGAGGCAGAGGAAGGCCUCCGAAGAAGAAGUCUGAACUGCUAUGGAGUCCUCCAGGUGUGCGAGCAGGAAGUCCAUCUAAAUCCAGCGAGGACAGCCCUGUCAGAUUUUCUAUCAGUUUUAAAAGCCCUGAUACUGGACCCAGACAGGGGCCUCUGGGAGAUAUCAACACAUCACGGCCAUUAACACGAGGGGCUUUAGGAAAGGACUUCCCGAGUGCCAAGAAACGCUCCUGGAUAGACGUAGAAAAAGAACUGGAACUGGAACCAGACGUUGAGUCUGAAUAGUCAUAUCUUCCCGUAGCUGCAAAAACCAAUGCACACAGUCAUUUGACCUCAGUAAAGCGUGAUUUAUGGUUGGGUGCUCGACACUUUUGAAGUGUCCCUCGAAAGAAAUUAAAGAGCAGUAUAUGUGUUUUUAACUUAUAUACCAUAUAGCUAUUGAUUGAUCAGCUCCCAUUCUGUCUGUGAGCGGCAGAUUCCCCAUACUCAACAUAGUGAGCUGGGAAAUAAAAAUCAGUGAAUCAGUGAAAGCGCUGAGAUGGCGCUAUAGAGCCGCUACAAAGUCCCUCCUUUACACCACAAAACAACAGCGGCAUCAUUCCACUCCAGUGUGUGAUUUUAGACAGUCUGCCAGCAUCGUGGACUCAAAAGAGGCAUGAGUAGCGUGACGUGAAACACAACAGCGUCUGCCGCUACUGUGACAUAUAACAUAUGUGUCUGCAGCACUUUAUAAACAAUAACAACGGCAUAACAUGACAACAACAGUCAUUCACCGUCCCUGUUACAUGGCGGUUGAUCUCGUCCUCUGCUCGGAGGGGAAGGAGCUCCCAGACCUCAUUGUUUUCCCAAUUGGCGAACAUUUAUGGCCACUGUUCUUUUUUGAGUUAGCUGCUAACUGCUAUCAGCUACUUAUAUAUCAGCCCAUGAUCCUGUCCUGCCAGCUGUCCCCUUUCUACAGACAUCUUUUUGAUGCUGUCACUACUUCCGAUGCCAGCUUAAAGGCGAGACAACUCUGUCCCCCCAUUCCAUGAUUGUACUUUUUAUACAGAACGGCGAGAUGGAUGUGAAAUUCCCUCCUUGAAGAGGCAGUGCAAAAGAGGCUACUGGAAGUAAAUAUCUGCUGUCAGUCAGCCUGGUUAGCCCAGUUCAGACCAAAGAUUCACAACAAGACAAGUUAAAAACAUGCAACCACUUGCAAUGUACCAUUCUGCAAUGUUCUAAAGACCUGCCGCAGCAAGCCAACACGCCGUCUGCGGUCAUUUUGACUUCACCAGCGGACUUCGCUACGACCCAAAUAGCUGUAGAAACAGGCGACCUGCUCUGCAUUCUAAAACCAGCCGUCAGCAAUUUGACCAGCUGAAUUGCAGGUGACACGAACAGCCGGCUUGAGUCGAGGUCAGACGGCCACUUCACACAGCUGCAACUUUUGUCUGCAACAUUCUGAAACGGUUUGGUCUCGUUGCGAAUCUUUGGUUUGAACUGGGCUUUAAAGGCAGUUUGACCAGCCGCUGUCGUCUCUGACAUACAGAGACACUGAAUGCAGGUCAGAGUUGGUGUGGAAUUAAAACUACUGUCUCCAUAGUGACAAUAGUAACACACCCAAUCAGACUGUGACAAAAUAUGGCGUCCACGACUUAAUAAAGUUCUCCAGGUGCGUGACGUCAUGGCAAAGUGUAGACAAAAUUUCAUUCAUGUCAUUUCUGUCGAGCGACACUCAUCCAAAGUGCCGAAUGCCUGACCAUAAAUCCAGCUUACGUCUCAAGAGCUGGAUGCUGCUCUUUUCUGUAUCCUCACACAAACCUCAGUGGACUGUUUUCAUACUGUAGAGAGAAGCUGUUUUUGGUAUAAAGAAUAUAAGAGGAAGCAUUAAUCGACCUGCUGACUGUAUGAAUGAAAUUAUUGAUAACUCCCACAUUCAGUUUUGACGUCAUGUUUUCUGAGACUAAUUUCUGUCACCUAUGUUGUUUAUAUUGAGAUGUAUUCAGAUCAUGUGUUCUGUUGAAGUCAUUUAUGUCUGAUCUGUUUUAUGCAAAUGAAAAUAAAACUCUACAGAUUACGUAAUUCCAGUUUGUUAAGCCUUACAGUGUAUCUGUAUCCUGUAUAAGGUCAGACAACACACUGCUUCCUUAACUCUGUAUGUUAACUUACGUGUUUCCGUUUUUAUCGACAGCUAGUUUGAUGCAUAUCUGUCCUGAAAUUAUUGUUUUCCGUUAUUAACUCAGUGAAAAUCAUCUGUAGUAGCACUUUAUGUUUUUGGUAGACACCACCCAUGACGUCCGUCUUUGCUGUAGUCUGUAAAGUAGCAGUAGUGAUUUGUGUUCUGGGUUGUUCACUCAGCGAUAUGCAUUUAAACCUGAUGUGUUACAAACAGUCGAGAUAAAAGCUAUUAGCCAUAUAAUGUACGUAUGAGAGUAACCUGUAAAUAUUGUAUUUCUUUUUUUAAUUGCAGUACAUUUUCUUUGUGGGUGUGAUUUUUGAAACACUGGUUGUCCUGUUGCUUCAGUUGAAUUAAAAAUGUAAAAGAAAUAAUGUGGCCUUUAAAAUCAAUAAAACGUCAUGUGUUUAUGAA